UAAUUCUAAUCAGUGCGUGUUGUUUUGACAGCGCGUGUCUAGAAUGUCAAUGAUGACGCGUUGUUUCGACUGCUCGUGUUGUUAAUAAUUCAUAGAUGAAUCAGAUACGUUGCAGGAAGUAUACACACGGCAUCGAACUAUUGCUAUAAAAAGCAUACCUUUGCAUGUUUCCUUCUGUUUCGACAUGAAGUGCUUCAUAUUUUCAGUUUUAUUGAUCACAGUGGUCCUCCUUGUGACUGUACAAGGUCAAGGUGGUAGACCUGGUUCUCCUGGAGCAGCAGGUAGAGAUGGCUCUCCUGGAUCACCAGGUAGUCCUGGUUCUCCUGGAGGACGAGGGAGUCCAGGUUGCCCUGGUGGUCCAGGAGGCCCCGGUGGUCCAGGAGGAAAAGGUGGUAGUGGAGCCCCUGGUGCUGGAGGAGGACGUGGAGGCCCGGGAGGAUAUGGUGUUCCCGCAGGAUGCCCUGGUGGUCCAGGAGGCGCCGGUGGUCCAGGAGGCGAUGGUGGUGUAGGAGCCCCUGGGGGUCCAGGAGGCAAUGGUGGUAAAGGAGCCCCUGGUGGUUCCGGAGGCGAUGGUGCAGAAGGAGGCGCUGGUGGUGUAGGAGCCCCUGGUGGUGGAGGAGGACAAGGAGGCCCUGGAGGCAAUGGUGCUCCUGAAUCACAAGAGGGUCCAGGUUACCCUGGAGGUGAAGGAGGUGCCGGUGGUGACGGAGGCGAUACUGUUGGAGGAGCCCCUGGUGGUCCUGGAGGCAAUGGUGGUGAAGGAGGCCGUGGUGGUCCAGGAUACCAUGGUGGUCCAGGAGGCACCGGGGGUGACGGAGGCGAUGGUGGUGUCGGAGGCCCUGGUGGUCCAGGAGGCGAUGGUGGUAUAGGAUCUCCUGGUGGUCCAGAAGGCCAUGGGGGCGUGGGAGGCACUGGUGCUCCUGAUGGUCGGCCAGGUAGACCUGGUCGUUCAAGAGCCGCUUUUGGUCGAAGACGCCGUGAGAGCCCGGGAGGCUACGGUGUUCCUAAGGAAAUGAUCAUGCUAACCUUGUAUCCAGAGUGUGCCUCUUAUGGUAAAUUAAUGCACGAUCUGUUUAAAGAAAUGCAGAAUGAUAAAAGAAUUGGUCCAGAACAAUGUCAAUCAGGAAAUCAUACAAUAUGCAUGUCUGAAGAUGUGGAAAAGGUUCGCUGUGCAGUAACUGAGCCAAUGCCACAAGACUGUGUGGAUAAGAUUAUGGAGUUUGUGCAAGGAAAUUCAUGUUCCGGGAACGAAGUUUGAUGAAAUCGAAUUUAAAAUUAAAAAUAUAGCUGUUGCCACCUUUUAUGAUGAAACAUGAAAUAUCGGUGAAAUAAAUAUAUUCAAUUAUGAA